AUUUAUUCAAAAUGGUGGCUAUGUGUUGAUUUGCUAGCAGUAAAUACUAUAUAUUGACCUUUGUGUAAAUGCACAAUGUAGGAAGAAAUAGAUCAAUUAGGAUUAUUUGAAAGCUGAUGGAAAUUCUUAAUAGAAUGACAGUUCCUUAAUAGUGAUGUAUUGUCCUUUCUGAAACUGAUAUGGAUGAGAGAAGAGUGGCAGAUUAUUUUGUGGUAGUUGGGCUUCCCGACAAUCCACUUCCUCUAGAGGAAAUAUCAAAUGAAGCCGCCAUAAAAUCAUCGUACAAACAAGAUCCUAUCACUGAUAUUUGUAUUAUUAACAAGUCAUUAGGAGAGAAAUUGCCAAAGAAUUAUACAUGUAUAGCUAAGACUUCAUCUGGGUUUCCUGCAGACCUAAAUCAUGGAAGUAUACGGUGCCAUGAAUUGUACAUUUGUUACAGACGAAGUAGAGAGAAACCGCCACUUAUUGAUGUCGGGGUUUUGUAUGAAGGAAAGGAGAGAUUAAUGCCUGGAUGUGAGGUUUGUCAUACCACAGCCUGGGGUAGCCCUGCUAAUGUCAAUAAUUCUAAUAAUGGAAGGAUAUAUAUCACAUUCCGAAGAGCUAAGGAAGAAGCUGCUAGUGAUACACUAUCUGUCGUUGAUAUAUGUGUCAUUCUGUCAAAUAAGAAUGAAAAUCCUCCUCAUGCCUACCAUUGUAUAGAGAAAAACCUAAACAAAGGAAUGAUUGGGUCAGAUGUUUUCAUAUGUUACAAAAAAGCUGUAACCAAAGCAGACCUAUUAGCAUAUAAGCCAGCAAUAUUGGACAGAUACCCCAUAGAAGAUUAUGAAAGUUUCCCAUUGCCUGAGUCUGUACCUAUGUUCUGUUUACCUAUGGGAGCAUCAAUUGAAUGUUGGUCUGCCAAAGCUCAGCAUCCUCUACCAAUCUUUUCUACUUUCGUUUUAACAGGCUCAGAUGGAGAAAAGGUUUAUGGAGCUGCAGUACAGUUUUAUGAAGAAUUUGAAGAGGAAAAAUUGUCUGAUUUACAAAUGAGACAUCUUGGAUUGAAAAACAAACACAUAAGAGAACAAUAUAGAAUACUGAAAACUGUUCAUUCUAAUAAGUGUAUAUGUUUACUAUCACACUGGCCAUUCUUUGAUGCCUUCCGACUAUUUCUUACAUAUUUAUAUAGGAAUUCUAUAACUGGUCCACAUACUGUUCCAUUAGAAAGACAUAUAUCACAUUUUAUGUAUGAUGUACCAUAUCCUUCACCACAAAGACCCAAUAUAUUAGUUCAGCUCAGUCAUGAAGCCAUAAUAUUGUCUAUGCCAGAGGAUUCACCACUGCCACAAAGUGGAGCUUCAUUUAUCACAAUGUUAAAGAACUUAGGACCAGAGAACUGUAUGAACUUAUUGUUAUAUAUUCUACAUGAACAUAAAGUAUUGAUACAUUCACUGCGACCAGCUGUGUUAACUGGUGUUGCUGAAGCUGUCAUAAAUAUGAUAUUCCCCUUACACUGGCAGUGUCCAUACAUUCCAUUAUGUCCUUUAGGUCUGUCCUAUGUAUUAAGUGCUCCUGUUCCAUUUAUUGUUGGUAUAGAUUCCCGAUAUUUUGACCUGUAUGACCCUCCUUCAGAUGUUGUGUGUGUAGAUUUAGAUACGAUCACAAUCAGUUUACCUGAUGACAAAAAGAACAUUAACUACAGAAAUUUACCAAAGAAACCAGCUCGUGUUUUACAAGAGACAUUGCAUAAAUUAUUUGAUGAAUUAUGUACAACUCGUGUUGGUACUCAGAUGGUUGAUGAAAUUGUUCUCGAACUUGCUCCCAUGGAACAUGACUUCAGAAUGAAAAGAAAAGAGACAUUAAUGGAGUUACGUAUACAAGAAGCCUUUCUACGUUUCCAAGCUUGUGUGUUGAAAGGCUACAGGAGUUACUUAAAACCAAUUACAAGAGCCCCUACCCUGGGGACAACUGAUGUUACCUCUUUGUUUGACAUGCAAGGUUUUCUAAAGAGUCGAGACAAAGCAAAUUCCAAGUUUUACCAGAAUUUAACCAAAACCCAGACAUUUAUCCGAUUUCUAGAAGAGAGAUCAUUUGUUUCGGACAAUGAUGCUAGCUUAGCCUUUUUUGAUGAAUGUACAGAAAAGGUAAAUGAAACAUUAGAUGAACCAAAGUUGAUAGAACUAGAUGGUUCACACAGUGAGAGAACAGUAUUUAUAAUGCCUCCAGAACCAGUAGGAUUACCUGAAGGAGCUAAAUACAGCUACAAUGGUUUUCCAAGCUUAAAGACAGAGUUAUUCUUAAGAAAGAAAGAAUCAGAAUUAUCGUUACCCUCUAAAGGUCCUCUAUGUCCAAACAGUCCAAUAUCCAGAAGGUCCAAACAAGAAAUCAGGUCAUCUCAAAAGAUGGCACAACAAUAUGCAACAAAUGCUAUGCUAUGGGCAAAAUGCUUGUUGAGUCAUUGUUACAGCUUAUGGUUUAUACACUUGCCUGCCUUUCUGGACAUGAGUGACUCCACAGACAAUGCCAUGAAAGUAGCCUAUGAUGUCCUACAGAAAAUGCAGCUAGCAAAACUUCAACCACCAGACGAGGUGUGUUACAGAGUAAUGUUACAAUUGUGUGGUCAACAUAACAUGCCAGUGAUGGCUGUGAAAGUCUUGUAUCAGAUGAAGAGGGCUGGUGUACAACCUAAUGCUAUAACAUACGGAUAUUACAAUAAAGCUGUUUUCGAAGGUACAUGGCCAACAACUAGGAGUAAAGCUUCUGUCAUGUGGAAAAAGAUCAGAAAUGUCAUCAUAGGUGUUGCACAGUUUCGUCGGGGAAUUCGUCGGAGAAGUGUUUCAAUUUGUUCAUAUGAUAGUGAAUAUGAUGGAACAAGUUUAGAUAGUUUAAUAGAAGAGCAUCAACAUGAUGAGAAAAUAUCUAUUUUGAGGAAGGAAGUAUCCCAUGAUACAGUCAAAGGUCGUGAAGAGCAUGACCUUGUCAGGUCACAGAGUAACAAGGAGGAAAGUGCUAGUGCUGGUGGAAUAUCAGACAGAGGAUACAGCUCUAUGACUCAUGAUGAAUUAAAAACCAUAACAGAGGUAAACAACCAGGAAGAGAUAACCCCACCUCAAGAAAAGGUCAAGAAAGAGGUUAAAGGAUCAUUGAGGUUCAACAUACCAAAGAAACAGAAAAAUAUCACCAGCAAUGAUGAUGAAAGGGAAGAAGAAGGUGAUGAAAUGAAAUUUCCAGCAGCUGAUCACAGCAUGGCAGAAGAAUUCAGACAAAGGAUGGGGAGUAUAGUACGCAAAUCUCUAGGAAGUGUUAGUAGUUCUGGUAGUAAAGAAACAUUGAUAGGAAGUACAGUGUCAACAUCUUCAGCCGGACUUCUAAUGGUUAGCUCUCAACAUCUAGAAAAUGAAGAUUCUCUCCAUAGUUUGGAUAGAAAUUUGCAUAAUAGUUUGAAUUUAGGUAAUAGUAACAAGUCACGAAAAAGACAUAAAAGUGCUGGUGAUUAUCACACAAAACCGCGGUCUACAAAUGGUGCAUUCACAAACUGGAGACCUCGGCACGUUAGUGGUGACGAUAAAAUGCAAGUCAGAUUAUGUGAUUUGACUGCGAAAGAAGACGAUUUAUUCAUUGAAGAAUCCGAUAAGUUAGAUGGUUCUUUCAAUGAUGAAAGUACGAAUGUUGAUGACACUAAAGAUAGUGGGGUAGUGCUAGAUACUGACACAACAAACGACAGGUUAAGUAGGCCAACAUCCAUCCCUAUUGACACGCCUACAAGGGAUUCAAUGUCACUCGAACUCGAAAGUCCAAUCUCUAGAAAUUCAAUUGGUACUCCUGUAACUGAAAAUGAUCCAUUAGGCUUUUUUGACGAAUCUAGGACAAAUGAAGAAAAUAGUACAAAAACUAAUUCCAACGUUAAUGGCAAAUAUUCAUUAUCAGGGUCUCAACAGAGUUCUGAUGCUGUUUCUUGUACACUGUUUAUUGACAAUGAUGCAAGUGAAAAAGAUCAACCAAUGUUUACUAUAGGACAGGACAAAUCAGAGUGCAAUAAAACUGAAGGUCGAGGAGAGAGAACGUUUAGUUUAGGUUCUGUUCAUAGUUUAGAUUGUACAAGUGACUCACAACCAUUAUCACCGUUAGAAAGAGUGGGAAAACGUCUUAAAGAUGUUGGAAGAACAAAUUCUUCUCCAGGAAGUUUAGAUAAGGAAGAUAAAAGUGGAAAAUCUAAUUUAUGGCCUGUAAAAGGAUAUCUUUCUUCUUUACACUCUCCUUCAAAAAAGUCUAAUGAUUCAUUAGAUGGGACACCAGAAUUGGAAGGUGGUUCUGAAUCAAGGUUUAAACGAUUAGGAAGCUUCCGUAAACAUAAAGAACGAUUAAGUGGUGCAUUCAAGUUUGGUGCAGGUGCUUUAGCUAAUAAAUUCAGCGAGUUAAAACAUACGAUUACAACUCCUACUAAGUUUGGAUCUAAUUCUUCCAUUGAUGUACCAGAUGAAUCACGAGGUAUCGACGUACCAAAACGCCAUAGUAUGAAAGAUACAGUUGAUGGGGGUGUUAAAUCAGUUCCCAAUAGACAAGUUCCAGAAUUAUUUGGUAGUUUGCCCACUUCCAUGACUGCAAGGUUCUUAGAACAUUAUACAGCAAUGACAGAUUUUGCUGCCCUGGGGAGUUUAGUUCCAUCUUCAUCCUUCAUUGAACAAUACAUUCCACUAAAAGAGUUUGGAGAACGACAGAGAAAAGCUAAGUUUGUCAGUCUGCAGAGCAAAAUGAGUGAUAUUGCAAUGGAAGUUGAAAUCUGUAGUACAUGUAGAUGUUCUAAAUGUAGAUUACUACUUUAUGAUGAAGAAAUAAUGGCAGGCUGGUCAGCUGAUGACUCUAAUUUAAAUACUACAUGUAUAUUCUGUAGCACCAAACUAGUACCUAAUUUACAGAUAUAUACAAAGGACUGGAGAGGAAAAAAGCAGUCAGAGUUGGUAGAUAAUGAGGAAGAUAAGGAGAGUGAUGUUCUUUCUAGUCACAGUGGACAGGACCCAUGGGUCCUACACGAUCAAAAGGACGGUGAUCAGUCAUCUUUAUCUAGUCUUGACAACCAGAAUGCAUUUUUCUUCCCAGAGGAACAGUUAGAAGACGAUGACAGUAUGUCGCCCAGUCCUUCCCUCUCUCCUUUCAAAGUUAGGAAAUCCAGUCAUAAGCACCUACAGGCUACUAAAGAUAGUCACCUGGCAGAGGCAGCAGCUAGAAGUCCUAGUAGCCCAGACUCCUCCAAUAGUUCUGUUAAUUUAGAAGACAUGGCCCAGAAGGGAUUGAGACGUCGAUGUGCCAGUGAAUGUUUUACAAGUGCUACAGACAAUAUGGUGUAUGGAUCUUCCUAUGAUUCUACUGAUGACUAUCAGGCUAGAUUGAUGAGGUCUCCGUUACGUAUAUCUAUAGGUGAAGAAGAAGUGCUUCCAUCAGGCCCAGAUCCUAUUCCAGAAAUGAAGAGGGAUUUUAUGGACAGAUGUACAUCUAGUUUAGACCCUAUAAGUGUACCAUAUCUUAGUCCUAUCGUAUUGAGAAAGGAACUGGAGAACAUCCUGUCGAGUGAGGGUGAUCUAUCUUUGAUAUCUGAUAACUUUCUGGAUGAACAUCCAAUCAUAUUCUGGAAUCUAGGUUGGUAUUUUAAAAGAAUAGAGGUUCCAAGUCAUUUACCAGGAUUUCUAUUGACUGCAAAAUCUAUAAACAAAAGUCCUAAGAUUUCAGAAGGAGUAUACACUAGUCAACAUGUUUUAUUCAGACCUCAGUGGGAUAAUCUUAGGAUACAUGAAGAAGUUGGAUUACCCAUGUACAAAGCAUGGAAUGAGGGUUACAGCUCACACAUUGUUGAUGCAUUGGUUACAGAGGCAAAACCAUUUAACCGAGCAAUUUUACACCAGAUAAUUACCAGUAUCCAAUGUAAUGAUCUACUUAGUCCAAUAAAGAUGGUGAUGAACUGUCGGAGACGACUCCGUAUACAGAGAAGUCGACAUAGAAGUAUAUACAGAGAUAUUCUAUUCUUAGCUUUAGUAGCAUGUGGUCGGGAAAAUAUUGACUGUGAUGCUUUUGACCGUGAAUUUCGCACUGCAUUCCUCAAACUUUCCCAGAUGGAAAUGAAAAGAACACAAAGAGACGACAGACCAAGAAAAACUAAAGUCAUAUGGUGUAGAAAAGUUUUUGGUGAACUAGAAGUUUAGAGAAUAGAGGGAUAAUUGAACAGAAUAAGAUUUCCAAAACUGCUAAAUAUGUAUAAAUGGGAAAGAUAUUUUAUUUCAAAAUAAACUGAAAUAAUUUUUCUCAGAUAAUUGUAAAUUCAUUAUGUUUGAUUUAUCUGAUUAGGCUGUAAAUUCUUGUUUAUAUACCUUGAAUAUGUACGGAUCAUGUAAAAAGAUGUAUAUUACAUGUACUUAGACUCUGAUAGAUAUAACAGGAACUAUUAUGAACUGGUAGCAAUAUAUUUGAUCUGUGAUAAAACUUUUCCUGCUGUGGUUUUACGACUUGCCGUAUUAUAUGUUGUGAAAUUAUGUUUUUGAUUGUGGUGCUUUUUCUUUUGGUGGUAUGCUAUACAAUAAAAGUUCCAAUCAUGGCUUCAAUGUAUAUAACAUUUAUAUCUGAUCAGAGUGUUGAACUAUGUAAUACUUUUCUUAGGUAACAAGUCUAAAUCAGUCAUUGAUCUUCGCUAAGACUAUUCAGAUUUUUUUAGAACAUUUAUUUUUAUAUGCAUUUGUUAUUCAUUCAGGUUUUACCAUUAGAAGCAAAAUAGACAAGGAAUAAAGGCUGAACUUUGUGUAGAGUUUAAUUGUGAAAAGAAAAAAAUUAAAGAAUUUUAUUGAAAAUCCAAGAAAUAUACAGUAUUUUGAUAGUUAAUUCCAUUUGAUAGUGGUACCAAGGUAUCUUUAAAAGUACUUAAAUUGAUUUUAAUAAAAAGUAAUCGCCUUUGUUAUUGAAUAAAGUAGACACCACAUGUUUCUCUCUUUUCAAAUAGUUAUCUCAUUAAAUGUAAAAUUUUGAAAUAUGAAAGGA